UCGGAGACUUGUGUGUAUUCAGUUUUCAAGAUGGCCACCGCACAAAUUGCUCUUUUCCUCGUGGUCGUUACAGUCAGUCAGUUCCGAUUUACUGUGGCUGAUUGUGAUGCAGUGCCAAUAGAAAAAUGGGGCGGCAGUCCUUUGAACAGGUCAAAGGAACUCUCAAGACCUGUGAAGAUAGCCGUAGUACAGCAUACAGUUACCCCAGAAUGUUCGACUGACGCUGAAUGUGAAGAAGCAGUUAGAUUUAUAAGAGAGAUGCAAAUAAAAAACGGCUUCGACGAUAUUGCACAGUCUUUCGUAGUUGGCGGCAAUGGGAAAGUGUAUGAAGGAGCGGGAUGGAAAGUUGGCGCGCACACUUUUCGAUGGAACGAGAAAUCUAUUGGUAUCUCUUUUGUCGGGGAUUUUAGAGAAAAAUUGCCGUCUCCCCAAGCAUUGCAGGCCGCACAGAAAUUCCUCGAAUGUUCAGUAGGAAACAAGAAUUUGGAUGAGAAGUACCACCUAGUGGGUCACCUCCAACUGACUGCCACUAUCAGUCCUGGAGCCGAGUUACAGAAUCUCAUUGAAACUUGGCCACAUUGGUUGCGUGACGUCAGCAUUUUGAAUUAACAUGAAAUCCAGACAAAGUGAUUUGUCUGUUACUUUUUUAUAGCUAAGUCACUGAACCGAUUUUGAGACUUUAGUAUGAAGAUAAAUUGGAUCUUUGAGCAGAACAUAGUGUAACGAGCUCUUCGAAAAUGAGUGCUGUUUAUUAUUGAUAUUAUAAAAAGGGGGUAUUUUAUAAUUUGAGUUCAGUUCUUUGUUAGGCAGCGUGGACGCCGUCUCGCUGCCAAUCACGUUAGUGAUUUUGUGCGAUAAUGUUAUGUGGUGUAAUUAUUGAUCAUAAAUUGUUUAGUGUGGAGAUAUCGGAUAGGGAAGGUGAGGGUUAAUGCAUUCUAAAAGGAUUUUUAAACCUACAACGAAGGUCACAAGUCCUGGGACCUGCUCGAGGUGUUUCCUCUACCACAAAAUGAUAGUACAAUCACUGCUGCAACCCAUUUCACGUUACAAAAGGUUACUUUUUGAGCAAAAAUAUGAAUCGAAUGAGUUCGAGCAUUACGACUAGAAAAAAGUGUCAUGCAAGGCAUUGUUUUGUUGUAGACGACGUUUUUUAAAUAAGAUUAAUUCCACUUGCGUGUUCCGCUACCAUAAAUAUAACGGUUUUUUCUUUCACCUUUAUGUUCCAUUAUUAUGUAAAUCGUAUACUGUUGUCUGUAGUUUUUUUAAGUAUUCAAACUAUAACGUCUUUGUCGGUAUUUCUUAAGCUGUACAUAAAGAUUCAAACAUUUCAACACUUAAAUAUCAGGCACUUUGAAUCUUGUUCAAAUAAGUGCGCAAAGAAAUGGACUUUGCCGAACGGUGUUGGUUUUUUACCUUACUCGCUUAAUGCAUUCAAAGUCAACGUACUGUUUAAAGAUGGAGUAGCAGUGGGUUGCAUCAAUAACUGGACAAGCAAAUGUACAAAGUUCGUUAUUUAAAUGUUCAAAUAAUUUAAGCAUAAUAAUAUUAUGUGCUACAUGAAGCACCGGCUUUAGUUUCUUACCUAGCAGUCUUAAGCGAGAACAUUAUAUUAUAGAACUUUAGUUAUUUGGUAAUUUUCUUUUAAUUCUGUACAUUAUAUUGUGUUAAAAUUUCUAGUCAUAAGUUAAUAAACAUUCAUUUUCAAACAUGAAAACCAAAUUUUUUUUGUGUAACUUAAAGUGACAAGGCUUAAGACUAAAUAGUUUCACCUUUGAAUGCAAAUGCAUGCAAUGCAUGCAAAAAUGAAAUAAAAUGAACUUUAUUUGCCUUAAUACAUUUAAAUAUACAGGGUGCUCAUAAAAAAUAUAAAGUCGCAGUGUGUUACCAUAUACAUGACGCUCAAAUUUUACAAUAUAUAUAAUUGUUUGAGUAUUUAUUACUUACCCCCAUCACACAAUUGUUUUAAUUAAGAAAUACAAUUAAAAAUUGAAAUAAAUAUAAACUUAUACAUGUCAAAACUAAAUUUUGUCUACGUCUAGGAAAAAGUAACUAAUAUUUUUUACUUCAAUAAUAAGCACAGACUGUUAAUAUUACUUGUAGUGCUGUCAAUCCGUGGGCAUGUUGCCAAAUUACACUUUAACUUCACAUUCGCUUUAAAUACUAAAAAAAAUUAUGGGAAUGAUAUAUCCGAUUGAUAGUUUGAUCACUAGGCCUAACGAUGACGAAUGUCAUAUUUUUUUUAAUUAUCGAAGCCUUCAAUUCUCUUUCUACAAACAUAAGGAUAACUAAUGGAUUAAAACCCCAUUUACAGUUAUGUAUAUAUAUAUAUUAUAUAUCGUAAUAUAUAAAUCAGUUAUGUUUAACAAUAAAUUAGAUCUAUAAAAAUCUUAAUAACAGUAGCUACACCAUUGAAAAAACUGAUUCAAGAUAGAAAAAUUUAAAUCAGUUCUUUUAAAACUAUUUAAAAAUUAGUUUUAGAUAUUUGAGUGGUGUAUCUACCAUUUGCGUUUUAUCCAUUAAUUACGGGACACCCUGUAUAAAUGUAUAUAGCUAUAUUUUAAUGAAUUUUAUAAAUAGGUGGAGUAAAUUUCUUGUACUUUCAGUAAAUUAUAAAAUUUAAUUAAGAGAAAAGUGAAAUGAAAUAAUUAAUGAGGAAAUAACAAAGCUUUGUUUUCUCGCGGUUUGACGCAACGCUUUGUUAAGGAGUAGGUACCGGAAAAUAAAUGGCACUCUCUUGAGCUAUCAUUCGCACGAGAGUUUUUUUACCGGACGUUAAAAAGUGUUCAAAUAUAGUAUUAAGUUAAAUGAAGGUCUACGAUUAUUUUCAACGUCCAAAAUUGAAAAUGCAACACUGCUCGAUAAAAAGUGUCGGGUUUUUAAAACGCUGUCGUGUAAACAUAUACUUAAGAAUGCAUUUGUUGUAUUUGAACGCUUUUUAACGUCCGUUAAAAAAAAACUCUCGUGCGAAUGGGGGCUGAAGUGUCAAUGUUCUAUUUUUUGCUGUUUCUAAUAAAAAAU